AUGACAGACUUAGCUUUACAAAGAACACUUUCAGGUCAUGCCGAUCUCCAGGUUCAAUACACCAAAGUUAUUGCAAACCAAUUAGCUAAGAAUCGUGCGCAUUUAGAAUCUCUACAUUAUGCGGGCUCCAAACUCGGGUUUCCCGUAGAUCCAGAGGUCUAUCCAGAACAAGAUCCAAAUCUGAGAGUAUUUUUUUUUGAUAUCGACAAUACUCUAUACAGCAAGUCAACCCAUAUCCAAGAUUUAAUGGUACAAGCAAUUAUGAACUACUUAGAAAACUAUCUUGGGUUGGACCACAGAACUGCAACCCUAAUGAAUAAAGAAUAUUACAAGAGGUACGGUUUAUUGGUGAAAGGUUUGGUUGCCAACAACGGAAUCGAUGCUUUAGACUACAACAGCAUGGUGGAUGACUCUUUACCUUUACAAAACGUUUUAUCUGAACCAAAUUUACAAUUAAGAAAAAUGUUACAAGAUUUGAGAGCUUCUGGUAAGUUUGAUAAAUUGUGGUUAUUUACUAAUGCAUAUAAAAACCACGCUUUAAGGAUUGUAAAAAUUUUAGGGAUUGCUGACUUGUUCGAUGGCAUUACUUAUUGUGAUUAUACACAAAGUAAAAACUUAAUUUGUAAACCAGACGCUAGAGCAUUUGAAAAAGCAAAACUAGAGAGUGGAUUAGGUGAUUAUCGUAACGGUUAUUUUAUUGAUGAUAGUGGUAAUAACAUCAGGGUUGGUUUAGAAUUAGGGUUGAAGUGCGUGCAUUUACAAGAAGAUACGUUAAACAAUGAUAUUCUUGGGGAUACUCCAGAUGGUGCACUAGUGGUGAAAAAUAUUCUUGAUCUUCCAAAGGAAGUUCCUCACCUCUUUCAAGAUCAGUAA